AUGCCGAAAACUUCAAUAUUUAAAACACGUGUGGGCACAGAGCUACUCAUGGGGAAGAUAGUCAAGCUCAGUAACAUUGGAAUCGAUCAUGUUCCAUGUGCACAGGUUAGAUGCAGUAUGAACGAGUUCAACAUCUAUCUGAAGAAGUACUUUGCUCGUGCAUUUGAGUUUUGGGCCCUCGAUAGGGAAUCGAAGGGACAGCUUGGUGAUACCGUAUUGAUACGACGAGUUGGAGUUGAUCAAAGGCCUACCACUAAUGUGGCCCAUGCUAUUGAUCGUAAUAUAAUCGAUCCUGUGACUGGUAGGCGUGUCAUCAAAGACGAAUUUGCUGAUGAAAUUGAGCUCCGCAAACAACUUGUAGGGGAGAUCAUUGACGCUCCGUUAGAACAGCAAUUUUUGCCCGUAGAAAUGGAGGCGGAGGACUUGUCAAAAGCAAGAUUUGUGAAGGUUUACGAUUACCUUGAAGAGCGUGCUGCCCAAGUGGCAGAUUUGCUACAGGUAGUGGAUAACUCGAACCUUGUCUCCGGUGAAGUCACAAAAGGUCCAAGAACUGCAGCGCAGCGGCUUCCAAGACAUAUGAGGCGACGCGCCAUGGCGUAUGAAGUUCGUCGCUUCCCGAAAGGCCUACGAAAUUACGCUGCUCCUUUUUUGACAAACACUAAACACAGAAAGAAACCUCCUAGUCGGUAUUUUCGUCGAAGAUCUCGGAAUCUUUUACUAAAUUAUAUCCGACGUCAAAGAAAACUGGUGUGGCUAGAGACACACAUCUGGCACGCGAAGCGAUUUCAUGUCAUUGAUAGAUGGGGCUAUCGUCUGCCCGAUCGAAGUUUUCAACGAAAUUUUCGUCCAUGCUAUCGUGACUCGGUGAGGCACUGCACCGUGCGCGAUAAAAGUUACCUUUCCUGUAUAGUGAUCUCUCAUAAUAACCAAAGUGAGCUCAUCUCGAUGCUAAGCCCUCUCUGUGCAAAUUCUGCCUCUCCAACGUUUGCUUUUAAAAGUGGUCUGGAUGGCAGGUACGAAGUCUCAACUCUUAUAUAUUAUCCUGGUCAAUAUCCUCGCGGUCUGAUUGGACCUGCACGUUUCCUCUGGAGUAGAGAA